UUCGCUGGCCGUUUCAGUACUGUGAUACUAUAAUAGAACGUUAGACGUGUUCUCGCAUCGUCAGAAGAGCCCCUGAGCAAAGUUUGCAAAUUAAAUAAAAGUGAAGAAGAGUGCGUCGAGUGUUAAUAAAACAAAAGGCCAACACAAAACUGUAAACAAGCCUCAAGAAUUCCAAAGUAUUCAGGACUACCUUACAUGCCAGCAAAACAAGUGAUUUGUGCAACAACAACAACAAAAUUAACAAGAACAAGAACAGCAAUAAAAACAUUUAUAUAUGAACAGCAACAAAAAGAAUUUAUUUAAUUCUUACAAUCUACAAAGUGAAGUUAUCAAAAUUGAAACAAAACUAUUCAACAUGAAACUAAGACUUUUGCGCUGUUUGCGCGGUCCCAAGCAAUCAAGCAUGCAGAACCAACGUGAAGAGCUGCAAUCCCAUCAUGAUCACAUGAUCAAGGAUCUCAGUUCGAAUUUCAAGGACACAACGGUUAAGAUACUGCUGCUCGGCACUGCCGAAUCGGGCAAGACAACGAUCAUAAAACAAAUGCGCAUCCUGCACAUCAAUGGCUUCACCGAUGAUGAGCGACGCGAAAAGAUACCGGAAAUCUAUCAGAACAUCCACGAUUCCAUCAUACAGCUGGUGCAACAGAUGGGUUUGCUGGGCCUGAGCUUUGGCAGUCUGACCACUGAACGCAGCGCCAACUACAUCCUGUCCCUGCCAGCCGAUGCGCCCGAGUACUUUAACGAGGAGUACUGCGAUCAUGUUAUGACUUUAUGGAAUGAUGUCGGCAUACGUGCCUGCUACGAUCGCUCGAAUGAAUUCCCACUGCUCGACAGCGCCAAAUAUUUUCUCGAUAAUUUCGAGCGCAUCUGCGAUGUCGACUACAUACCCAGCACGGAGGACAUUCUGCACAGCAGAAAGGUCACCACCGGCAUCUCGAAAAUCUCAUUCCGCGUUCCCAUACCCAAGAGCAUGGGCGGUGGCGAGCAAGAGUUCCGCAUGUACGAUGUGGGCGGCCAGCGUGAUGAGCGCAACAAAUGGAUUCAGGUCUUUGAGGGCAUUCAGGCGGUGCUGUUUCUCAUCUCAUGCAGCGAAUUCGAUCAGAAUCUGCGCGAGGAUGCCACCCAGAAUCGUCUGCAGGAGGCCCUCAAUCUGUUUCGUGCCGUCUGGCAGAAUCGCUUCCUUGCCUCCGCCGGCCUGAUCGUCUUCCUCAACAAGUAUGAUAUUAUGGAGCGCAAGAUACGCGCCGGCAAGCACAUUGUCGAUUAUUUUCCGGAAUUCGAGGACUUUAGCAAACGGCCGCAACACAAGCAAAGCUGUUUCGAUGAGUCCGACUGGACCAAGAUGUUCAUCAAGCAGAAGAUGAUGGACAUCACCCAGGAACAGUUCAAGCGCAAUUCCCGCAAUCAGUGUGAUUAUAGCUCCUCGGAGAGGGAAUGCUAUUAUCAUUUCACCGUUGCCACCGACACACGUUGCAUUCGUGAUGUGUUUAGCGAUGUGCAGCAAAUGAUUCUGUCCGAAAACAUUAACGGAUCCGGCUCAACACUCUUCUAGACAGUCAAUGUUGUUUUUCUCAGCGAAGAGUUUCCUUUACCAACUGUGAUUUUGUAUGCUAGAGUAAAGAAAUAGUCUAUUUAAGCGAUACUAAUUGAGCAGCUUUAAUAUAGUUAAUUAGAUGUAAGCAAAUAUAAGAAAAAACCCACCAAUCACACAAAACGCAAUGAAUUUUCAAUUG